AUGGGAAUUGAACAAGAAAGAUUUGUGGAUGUCAAUCCAGAACUCGUAUGCUGCAUUUGCGCUAAUGUUUUGGAAGAUCCAAUUGAGUCACCUUGUCGACAUGUCUUUUGUUCAGAAUGCAUUACAAGGUGGCUGGAUAUGAGAACAACUUGCCCGACUUGCCGUCAGCCGUUGAGAAAUUCGCAGAUGAAACCUGCGCUGCCACUUCUGAGAAAUAUAAUCGCCAAACUACGAAUUCGUUGUAAUUUCAUCGAAGAGGGAUGCAACGAGAUAGUAGACUUUGAACAACUAGGAAGUCACGUUCGCUCAUGCCCGUACGCUCCAAUGACGUGCGAAAACGAGGGAUGUCACGAAAGUUUUCCUAGAAAAGACAGCUGUCGACACAAGAAAGAGUGCCCCUUUAGACGAGUUGUCUGUACUGCUUUUUCUAAUCGUGGCUGUGGCAUGGAAUAUAAAUUAAGUGAAGCAGCUAACCACAACUGUGUAGAGAGUUUGAAAAGUUUGGUCAGAGGUGUGUAAACUGGUACCGGUACUACAAUCAUGGACAAAAGUCUUGGGACACGUUUGCGUUUCUGGGGCGUUUUCCAAUUCACACAGGUCCAACCCCUCCCCUCACCCCACAAACAAUGUUGGUCGCGUGUAUCCAGAAUUUUUUUCCGAGUUUCAACUCUGUAUAGGGUGGUGGGAGGGAGAACUGCAAGAAGAUUUCAAAAAGAAUGCACUGUUUUAAGAGGGAACCGAGAAAUGACAGAAAAAUAUGAAUAUUGCAGUACUGUCCCAAGGUCUUUUGUCCAGGAUUGUAGUGGUACAAUUAGUGAUUAUUAGAUUUGGCACCUUCACUUACCGUAUUUGGAAGAUGCAGGGCAAAACUAACUGAUUCGAUAGUCAUUGCCCUAAUUCCUUGCGAAGGGAGGGUUAUAAUCUUGUCAGAAUUUGCAUCACACGUAACUCCCAUAGCAAUCGGCUAGUGAAGUGUGAUCUUGCUUUUGCCAUAAAUAUCUCUCUCUAUUGGUUAAAGCGAAUCCAGUUGCCUAGCAACGAGGCAGCAUUUAAACAAAAUCACCACAAACCUGGCCUGGUUGUUUUAGCAAAUGUCUAAGAGGUCCAGAAAUGCUUUUAAUGAUAAAUUUCAAAGGUAGAGGUACAGUGGAACCCCGCUCUGUAGACACCUGUAUAAAUUAUAAUGAACAGUUUUGUUUGUCCUAAUGAAAAGCUCAUAUAUUUUCUCUAAAAAUAACUAUCUUAAAUGGACAUUGGCUAAUACAGUCAAAAGACAUUUUCCUGCGUGCCGAGGCACAAACUCCCACAAUUUAUAUCAUCAACCCCACUUUACGGACACUGUUCAUCUGGGGACUGCCCAUGUGUAGGUUCUGUCUUAUAUUUAGUCCACCUGGCUGAGACACAAGCUAAAAGCAUCAGUACAAAGAUACAGAUUCCAUGGUCAUGUUUCAAGAACAACACUUAAAGCUGGAAGUAAUUUUAGUUUGAAACUAUGAUAAUCGAUCAUGAGGUUUCUCCGGCAUUAACUUGAUACAGUUGCAAUAGGCCUUUUGCAUUAGUUGAUCACGAGAUCAACUUUUGGCAAACACAAAAACAAUUCGCUUUUGAAAAAUUUUGAUAGCAAGAGCUGAAAGAGCAUAUCAAAAUUUAUUAACCUGUAAAUUUCAGCCGUAUAUCUCAAAAGUAGCCAUUGUAAUGGCAGCCGAAUGUUAGAAGGAUUUGUCUGAGAAAAACAAUUUUUGCCACCCAGUCACACUUGAAUAGUUUUCCAUACAAAUCCUUGUAAAUUUUGAAAUUUUCAAACGUUGUUAAACCUUUCCCUUAAGCAUUUAUUUAGUUUUUCUGAUACAAAUCCUUCUAAUUUUUGGUGGCCGUUGCAAAUGCUACUUUUGAGAUAUAUGGCUGAAAAUUUGCAGGUUACCUAAUUUUAAUAUGCUCUUUCAGCUUGUGCUGACAAAAGUUUCCAAAAACGAACUGUUUUUGUAUUUACUGAAAGUUGAUCAAGUGAUCAACUAAUGCAAAAGGCCUAUUAAGAAUUUAAGCAAGGUUUUCUCGGAAAAAUAUCUGCUUUAGCCGUUAUAUCUAUAAAGCAUGUAAUCCUUGACAUUUUUUUGAGAGCCUGCUUGAUACAGACACCUGGAUCAUACAGACACCAUAGCAUGCUGUCCCCUUGGUAUCCAUAUUAACCGGGUUCCACUGUUUCUUUAACGAAAAGUGGAUGUGAUUUGGACCAUUAGCUUCAAAAUAACAGUUAAUAUCUAGGUACAAAAACGUAUGUUUCGCUUCCUACUUUGCAGAUGAGUUGUAUCAGCUUUGUUGGUCAUUUGUUUGUUUAAAAUAUUUGGUUUUUUACUGUCAAAAGCCCAGAGUUAUUUCCUUGACAUAUAUAUUUGAAUUUGUGUUCAAUACAGCUCGAUCAUCAACAAACAGCAUGGCAGGCGGAAGUUCUAUGGAAAAGGCUUUAAAUCAAAUUCUUUUCUUGCCACUUUAUAUAUAUGAUUAUCCUCAGUAGCACAGUAGUAAAGGAAAGACUGACUGAACAGGACGUGUGGGGUUCAAUUCCUCAUUAAACAUUUUUUUCUUUUGUUAUGGUUGCUUUUUUUUUCUCAUAUAUUUUCUUUUCCCUUGUGGAAUUCCCUUUCUUUCUACUUCUGGCCCUUAGCCUCUCCUUUGCGAGGCUCAGCAAGUCACAUAUGUCUCGUAUAAAAAUUAAUAAUGACCUUGUUUACAGGCAGUGACGAGGCAGCCUUACAUGUAGCAGUUUAACCUAAUGUCUUGACUAAACUCAACAUAUGUCAAAAGAGUUUACAGGUAUCCAAAGAUGAAAUAGCUAAAUGUCUGAUUAAAACUGAAUGGAAGAAAUGCAAGUAUAUUCCAUUAAUAUCGCUUGGUGGAUGCCAUUUUACGCACUUAUCAUUUAAAACCCUGUGGUGGGGAGGGGGAGAGGGAAUGCCAACAAUAGGUGGGGAUUUCACAGCAGUCCAUUCCCUCAGUGGAGGCAAGUACCUUUGCUUUAAUUCUUUUUGGUAGAGACUGGGACCAAGUUUUGAGUGUGGUUACAUAGUAUUCUCCUCCUUGGCUGUAAAAAGGUGUAUAAUGUAGGUCAUGCAUCAUGUUGUCUGUCUAAUGAGAGGCAUUGGUUAAGUAGAUGAAAAAUGUUCAUCAUCAUUGUCAUCUUUAAACAGGGUGUGUUCUCACAAAAUGGUUUAAAUUUAAGGUUGUGGGAUUUGUAACAAGUUGAAUUCUAGUCCAGAGCCUCUUUAAUCACUAUAGUGGUCAUUAAUCCAUUUUAGUCCCAGUUUAAAUCUGUUUAACCGUCUGUUCCAGGUCAAAGGAUUGGUGACUUUUCCAAGUCAUGACUCUGAGCUUGAACUUGCUAAAAGAUUUAGUGCAUGUUCCACUGAUAAAAUCAGCACAUUAAGGUUUGCUAUUAAUAAUGUGCCAUCUAGAACUCUCUCAAUACCUUAUCAAGAACACCCUUUUAAACAUAUUCGCUUGGGUAAUUGGAAAUAAUUUUUUUUUAAUUUUUCUGAGGUAGAGGCAUUCAAAAAGAAACAGUACUAAUGCAAGUUACCCUUGCUUCAUAGAUGCUAGUGUUCUAUGCACUGAAUACAUCUUACCAGCACAGGCCCACAUUGAGAAUAAGUUCUUAAAGAGUUUUCUUGAUUUUUCCUCAUCAGGUUUGGAAAGUAGGGUAGCUACACUUGAACAAACAUUAACUGAACUGAGACAGGAUAUGCAGGAACUGAAACAACAGCAAGCAAGAACCAACCAUGUAACACAGGAAACUAGGAAUACUAGAAAUAGCAGCGGUGGUAUAGCAGGCCAGCAGCAGGAUGGAGACUCUGGAUUGAUUUCAUUGCUUUCUGAUGAUGAAGAAGAAAAUGAAAACCAGCUGUGGACACCAAGAACAAAUCUGAUCCAAGGGAUUAUUGCCGAUCCCGAAGGCUCAACUAGCAGUACAUUAGUCAAUCUUAUUGCAAGAGAUUUGCAAGAACUACAACAACAAACUCUUAACCAGUUACAAUUAGAUAGGACUCGUCGUCUGUCAAGAGCUAUGCGGCAGUCUGCUUCUGAAGCUAGAACACACAGUAGAAGCCGGUCACCAGUUGUUAGGAGAAACAGGGAAAUCUCUCUUGAUGUGGAUGGCACUCCUCCAAGACGACAGUCACUUCAAGCUCCUUCUAGUGCAUGCACUCAGACUUCAUCACGUAGUAACAUCACACAAGAACAAGGUACCUUACCAGUCGUACAUUCAAGAGUAAGAGCAAUGAUUAGGCCAACUAGUAUUGAAGACGACGUUUCUAGUCAAGUGGAUUCGGAGGAGAACAUAGCAGGCUCUUCAGAUGAAAGUGAUCAACACCAUACUGCAGAGAGUAGCUCUAGUGAUUUCAAUGCUGAAAGCCCUCAGUGGUCUCCAGACCACUCUUCUUCAUGUUCUUCAUCUGAUGAUUUUGGUGAAAUGGAUGGUUGGUGGAGGAACCUAGUUAACAGCUAUUCCAGCAGAUCAGCAACCUUAAGCAGUGAUGUAACUUGCCUUAGAGCAAACUUUCAUUAAGGGUAAUUUAUUCGUUGUUUUUGCCACGGUUUUGGUAUUCUAUAUUUUGCCGUAGUACUUGUUGGUGUGCUCUACUCUAUUCAUUGUGAAAAGUUGCUAGAAAAAGUUAAGGCAAGCAACUACAUGUAUGAUUGCGGUCAUCAAGUGAAUAAGCAAUAUUAUUUAUUUUGUCUAUCAUGAUUUACCAUUGUCGCACUUCACAGGAUCCAUAAUUUUACAGAUUCAUUUUCAUUGGUUUUUCUCGCAAAAUAUUUUUGGUGUUCAUUGUCAGGUUGAAGUUGCUAACUCUGUACAUUUAUGCUGUAAACAAUAAUUAUAUUGCCAUUACUUUGUUUUGAAAGACAGUUUUUUUUGUUUUUGGAAUUUUUUCCUGAAACCCAAAGCAAUAAUAAUAAUUAUUAUUAUUUAAAUCAAUUUUGAUAUAUUUAACUCGAGGUUAUACUUCUUUCAAUUUGGUUAGUAGGGUGACAUUUAUACAUUACACAACAGAUGCAAAAUUACUAUUUCCAGGCCAGUCACUAAAUUUUUACAUUCUCGUGUAGACAAUGUAUGCAAUUACGAGCUGGGCAAUUGAAUGACUAGAAAGUUGUUUUGUUUCCCUAAGAAAAUAGGUGGGAGUCAUACUGCUCAUAGAAGCCUGCCGGCGCGGGAAAUCCCCAGUGACAGUCGUGAUAGGUUAUUAAUACAAUCAUGUACCCUGCAAAUAAUCAUUGUGUAAUGUGGCUUAGUUCAUUGCAGUUUCAAGGUGUAAGACGGAACCCACCAGGAAAUUGAGUAAUUUUAAUUUUUAGUGGACA